UAACAGGCCACGCCCCCACAGGUUGGGCUUGCGCGGGCGCCGACGGAAGUGGGCCGCAGGAAACGGAAGUCCCGCCUGUCGCUCUCUCUUCGGAGGCAGCAGCAACGCGGAGGAGACGGCGCUGAUCUGGGACCUCAGGCACUAUCACCAUGAGCCUCCUCAACAAGCCCAAGAGUGAGAUGACCCCAGAGGAGCUGCAGAAGCGGGAGGAAGAAGAGUUCAACACAGGUCCGCUCUCUGUGCUCACGCAGUCAGUCAAGAACAACACCCAGGUGCUCAUCAACUGCCGCAACAACAAGAAGCUCCUGGGCCGCGUAAAGGCCUUCGACAGGCACUGCAACAUGGUGCUGGAGAAUGUGAAGGAGAUGUGGACCGAGGUCCCCAAGAGCGGCAAGGGCAAGAAGAAGUCCAAGCCAGUCAACAAGGACCGCUACAUCUCCAAGAUGUUCCUGCGCGGGGACUCGGUCAUCGUGGUCCUGCGGAACCCGCUCAUCGCCGGCAAGUAGGGGCCUCCUCUCCAGCAUCAGAAUUCCCGCCCUCAUCCUGUGAAGACCUGCCCUUUGUAAUGGGAAUAAUAAAGUCCUGUGUUUUUUCUAGUGGCA